UGUUGUAGCAGUUGCUCUUCUGUAAUUACCACAAGCAAGUGCCUGACUGAUUAGUCUUAGCAGUUAUGGCCGGCAAGAGUAAUAUGGAACUAUUGCAAAGAGAUGAAAAUCGCCUUGAUCGUUUUCUUGCGAAGUGGUGGACUCCAGCAGUUCUUUCUGCUAUUGGUCUUGUAACUGUAGCUCAUAUGAGAUAUAAUCAAGGCCGGCCGUUAUUAAGCGGUAUUCAGACUUACAUAUUAACAGUAGUAGGCUGUAGUGUUGCUGGGUAUCAAAUUCACCAGUAUCGUGACGGGGUUUUGGCCGAGAGAGAUGCUGUGUUACGCAACUAUUUGGAAAGACACCCAGAGGAUUUUCCUGAUCCAGAAAGAAAAAAGUUUGCCGAGAUACUACGGCCAUGGGUACCAAUUCGUUGAAGAAUGUGUUCACUGUACAUAGUUUUUACUAAGGUUUUGUUGUGAUAUUUGUAUUAUCUUCUAUGCUAAUUUGUGUAUUGGAUGUGACAGUAGUGUGAACUGUAGUACAGCACUCGUGUAAUUCUUGCAAUAAAUGAAUUAUUUUCUGUUUGUGUCCUGAACAACUGUGUACAAAUAUAUCAUUUGAAGAAGC